CGCUUUUCUCAUCUGCCCCUCCCAGCAGAUAGCGCCUCCUCGGAGUUUUCUGUCUGAACCCCGAACAGGCAUCAUACUCCCUGCAACUCAUCUCAACUCCCGAGGUUACGCGUGAGAGAGAGGAGAGACAGCACCGACUACGCGAAGACACUCUCGAGGGUGAGAGUGGAUGCUAGCAUCCAGUAUCCAACCCUAACAGGCUAUAGGUGACCGCGGUGUUUGAUGUUCGGGGAUUAACUAAGAACGUGUUGGAGAGGAGAGUAAUUGUGCCUUUUUCAGCGAGGGAACUCGUCCCUCAAUAUGAAAUGAAAAUGAGGGAGAGGAGUUGAUUCGGGUAGUUAACCACAUAAAAAAGGUAAAUAUUCUAAAGCAAUUAUCAUUGCAGCUAAACAUUAGAUUAGAAAAAAAAACAUGGCUUUAUUGCUGGAUAAAAGUACCCCAGCACUUUUGCUUGUAUGGGCAUACUGUGUAUUGGCUGACACAGUAUUCACGAACUUUACCCUGGACAAUGAAGUCCAUUCGAGUUUCAUCCACCGGCGACUGAAGAGUCAGGAGCGGCGAGAGAUGCAGCGGGAGAUUCUGUCUAUACUUGGGUUGCCGCACCGACCACGGCCGCACCUCCAUGGGAAGCACAACGCAGCGCCGAUGUUCAUGCUGGACCUUUACAAUGCCAUGUCCACAGAGGGAGAUGAGGAUGGCCACUCAUAUCCAUUCAAGCCUGUCUUCACGACGCAGGGACCGCCAAUUGCGACUCUGCAGGACAACAACUUUCUUAACGACGCUGAUAUGGUUAUGAGUUUUGUUAAUUUAGUGGAACACGAUAAAGAGUUCAUGCCUGUGCGUCGGCACCACCGGGAAUUCCGCUUUGACUUGUCCAGGAUUCCAGAGGGCGAGGCGGUCACGGCCGCUGAGUUCCGCAUCUACAAGGACUUCAUCCAGGAGCGCUUCGACAACGAGACCUUCCGCAUCAGCGUCUACCAGGUGCUGGAGGAGCACUCUGACAGGGAGUCAGACCUUUUCCUGCUGGACUCGCGGGUCAUCUGGGCAGCUGAAGAGGGCUGGCUGGUGUUUGACAUCACCGCCACCAGCAACCACUGGGUGCUCAACCCGGGGCGCAACCUGGGCCUGCAGCUCUGUCUGGAGGGAGUGGACGGCCAGAGUGUGAACCCACGGAUGGCGGGCCUGAUCGGGCGCAACGGGCCCCAGAGCAAGCAGCCCUUCAUGGUGGCCUUCUUCAAGGCCACAGAGGUGCACAUCCGCAGCGUGCGCUCAGCCCCGGGCAGCUCCAAACCACGCAAGGCCAAGGGGCCCAAGGGCCAGGAGGCGCUGCGUGUGGCCAACAUUGCAGAGAGCAGCAGCGCGGAUCAGAAGCAGGCGUGUAAGAAGCAUGAGCUCUAUGUCAGCUUCAGGGACCUGGGGUGGCAGGACUGGAUCAUCGCUCCUGAGGGCUACGCCGCGUACUACUGUGAAGGAGAGUGCGCCUUUCCUCUCAACUCCUACAUGAACGCCACCAACCAUGCCAUCGUGCAGACACUGGUUCAUUUCAUCAAUCCAGAAAUGGUGCCCAAGCCGUGCUGCGCUCCCACACAACUCAACGCCAUCUCCGUCCUCUACUUUGACGACAGCUCCAACGUCAUCCUGAAGAAGUAUCGCAACAUGGUGGUGAGAGCCUGUGGAUGCCACUAGACUCUCUCCCAACAGCUCAGAGAUCAGACACACACACACACACACACACACACACACACACACGCCGCAACACAGACACACACACACACACACACACCUUUGUCUUCAUAGCAGUGAGUGUGUUGUGGUGAUUGGGACUGCUGGGAUUAUCAGAGAGUAGAUGGUACUGCUGGAAAUGGUUUGGAGAGCAGUGCAGGCUUGGUAGGCACUAUCGGUCCUCCAGGCUGUCAGUGGCUGUUCUCACAACACAGGCACAUACACAAACACGUGGUAGAGGCUUUAGUGGAGCGAAACAUUUUGCGAAGAAAAUGGACCCCUCUCAUAGACAUACACACACCGACACUAUCAUCAUCCUUGACCAACCAUCUCUCUCUCACACAUACACACACAAAUGGGUGCACGCGUGCAACCACGUGUACACACACACUUGUCCAAUCCCUGUGCUUUCUACUGUGUAUUAUGACGAGACAUUUUAAGAAGUGAUUGUAUUGAAAUACACAGCAAACAGUCUUUUUAUGAGUUUUUUAUGUCAAAAUGUUUCCUUUUCCCAAAAAUUAUUUUGCUUGUCUUGAUGAAUAACAAGGCUGGGCUACGUGGGUGAGAGAACAACUUAAGAACUGUUUUUGUACAAAACUGUGUAAAUAGUUUUCUUUUUUCACAGAAAGUUAAAAAUAAAAAGUGUAUUUAUUUCCUGGUCUUUGAA